GAGACCCUUUCGGGAACGUUCCGUGCCGCCUGUCUCGCUCCAGCCUUCCUCUGCAAGGGAAAUCCUGUCAGGAUGUUCGGAGCUUCUAGUUGAGACGAGUUCUGGCUGUAGGAGCACGAGGGCUGAGCAGACUGCUCCGGGUCUGCCUGGAAGAUCUUCACCCUUGCAGCGCUGCUGCGAGAGUUAGAAACCUGCUGCCUCUCCUCUCUGGUUCUCUUGGUCUCCUGGAGAGGAGAGUGCGCACUUUCACCGCUGUCUCCUGCUCUGCCUGCUCCUGCUUUCAGCAUGGUAAAGAAGAACACUAUCCCCGAGGGAUGGAGGAGUUUGACACCAGUUGGGCAGCCUAUACCAGGAACCAGAUUUAUUGCAUUCAAAGUACCUUUAAAAGGGGUAUGUAUAAACAGUAACUACAUGUUGUCUUUACUAAACAGUACAAAAGUAAUGAAAAAUAUCAUUAAUAUGCACACAAACUUCAGGAAAGAUUUAUGAAAAAAUAUUGUGCUUAAAUAAUCAAUCCUGUCAUCUACCAAUGGCUUUAUUUACAUAAUGGUCUAUAUUUUUUUCACUCUUUUGAUGAAUGUAUUUGGUGUUACUCUGUUUAUCUUCUGUAAAUCAGACAGUCUCUAACCAAUCAGUAAAGUCAUUCGAUCACUAAUUUAGUGGCCUAAAUUCAACAUCUUAUUUAACAUCCUUUCGUGACUGUUAGAAGAAAAGUCUGAUAAUGACCAUGGGAAGUGGUUGCAAUAUGAGUAACAGUCUAGGCAGUAUAAGCCAAAAUGCCAUUUUUCAGAGAUGAAACACUUAUUAAAAUACACUUACCACUGCAGUACAUUUAAAAUCAGAGAUUUAGAUUACUGGUAAGCUUCAGUGAUAUGGAAAAACAUGGUAUUCAUAGAUCUACUCUUUUUGUGUUAGUAACUCCGUUAGAUCCUUAAUAACAUGGAAUAGAGUCUUAAUCCAUUAAAUACACUAAGAUCUCUAAAUUUUUUUGUGACAGAACAAAAUGUGGAGACUUCAGUUCUUUGGUGGGUUGAGGUGCAGGGUUGCAAAUUUACCUUUCUGUAUAAAUUAACACAAGUGCUGUAUAAAUUAAUCUGUACAAGUUCUCACUUCAGAUACACAGGAAAGAAAAGUUUCUAAGCUCUUUUAAUAUUCAAUGGCUGGACAUAACCAUAGCAGUUAAAAAUAAGUAUUCUGUCUAAACUGUUGUCUACUGAUUCACUCUAAUAUUCAUGUAGUAAAAAAAAUAAAUAAAUUUUUCUUCUGGCAUAUUAGUGCCUGUUACAUUUUCAGUCUCCAUUCAGUUCACUUCUGUUAGCAAAGACUGAAGUGGAAUGCUUGCAGGGUUUACUUCCUUAGCUGCUUUCCCAGCUUCAGCAUGAUGGUUUAGUUGCUUUUGACACCAAAGGUCUUAGUUGGUCAUACUUACUUUGCAUGAUUUUAAAGGAUGGUAUAGUAGCCACAUGCCUUUCUACCAAGACUGCCAGAGGGAAGAUCUGCUUAUCAGUGGAAAUCAGAUUCACUGGAUUUGUAAUUGGCUUCUCUACUGUUGGGAUGGGAGAGAUUUUUUGCAUCAUCAACUCCUGUAAUUCCACUUGAUCCAACACCAAUUUUUGGCAUAGACGUGUUACUCUGGGCAGGAUUAGUGCAUUCCAUAUAUUUCUAGUUUCCCAUCUGUACUGGAAAUGCUGAGUCACAUCUUGAAGCAGUGAUUGAGCACCUGGUGGGAGGGCAGGGCCAUCCCAGGGGCACUCAGGUGCAUGCUAUGUAUCUGAGUGACCAGAAUAAGUGGAGCCAGGAUCCACCCCUUCCCAGACCUCAUUUAAGGGUUGGCAGUGCAGGUGAGGGCAGCUCUUGCCAGUGAUCCCUGCAUACCUGGGGCCUUCCACAGGUAAGCAGUUCUUUUCCUUUAUUUGUGCAUCCGUGGCUGCUGCAUUUGGGCUUGUUCUCAUUUGCUGUAGCCAAAGACUUUGCCACCCUGCUAUUAUGAUCCCAUUAUAGCAUUACACCGUCACUCUAGAUUUCAGAGGAAGGUACUUGGUCAAUGAUUUUACCCUUCCCCUGCAGUUAUCUGAUAGCCUGGAAGGAGUUCCGCCAGCCAUCAUAAAAAGGGCAGGUGUACUCAGACAAAUCCUGCUGAGUUUUUCAGAAAAUCUCAAGUAGCUUUUCAUAACAGGGUAAACUGUUCACACAGUGAAGCAAAAUGUGUGCAGCUGUCUUAUUUUUGUAGGAUGUAUUUCCACUUGAUUUUAAGUGUGAGUUCACACAGUAAAAAAAAUUCUUACAAGUUCUGUCACAGACUUCUACAGGUUAGUAGUUGUCACCUCAAAGUUUGUAAAUUCAGUUUCGCAUUUUAUUACAAAUCAGUUCUGAGUAGUUGAGAGAUAAUUGUGACUAGUUUUUGUUUUGUUUGGAGUUAGACAACAUCCACUGUUUUUCAGCAGUACGCCAAUAUUUGAAAUACUCAGGAGUGAAUACUUCUAUGCACUUUCAGCCCUACUGUUUCAGUGCAAGCUUUCUGAUUAUAUAGCAGCUUUGAUAGAUAGGAAUGGCCUACUGUUCAUUCUUUAAUUAGAAUUCCUCUCUUUGUUUCCAGGCUCAAAUCAAAGUGCUUGCUAGCAUCUUAGGUUAGAAUCUGUACAGUCAAAAGAUGGAAUAGUUAGUUACCCUAUAGCAUCUGUGGUUCUGAGAGGUGUGUGGUCUGUGGCUGCCUUCCUUUCCAUUAGUUCUGAGUCCAGUCUGCUUGAAUUUCUUAUUAACAAAGGAACUGAGAGGUGGUUGAGGCUGCUGCAUCUGUUUUGCCACUCUAUUGGUGGUGACAGAGCCUGUGUCAAAAGGCUCUCACAGUGGACAGCGCACUAUUCAGAGAAAAUCCAGUUUUGUGCACGAGGCAUUUUCAUACCUAGAGCGGAGAACACAUUUCAGAAACCACAGCUACAUAGGGUGAGUAAACAAUUUUCCCACUGUCUGUCAAAUGAAAUGAAUUAUUCAUUAUCCACAAACAUGCCACUGUAUUUUAGUCUUAUUUAACAUUUCCCAGUGCUAGAUGACAUGCAAGUACUUUCUGCCAAGAGUGGAACCAGGGAUAAAAAUGCGUGCAUAACAUUUGUGGGGAGAGAGUUAAAGCGUUGAGAGCAAUUAACCAGAGGCUUACCCCAACCCAGAAAUUUACACCAAAAGACUUAAUUGCUGCAAUGAAAGCCUUAAAUGUGGAGCUUGGAUUAAUUAUUGAUUUAACAUAUACCACACGAUACUAUGAAGUUAAGGAUUUACCUAAAAGUGUGCAGUAUAAGAAACUUUAUACUGUUGGACUUGAAGUUCCUGAUAAUGCUACUAUUCUACAAUUCAAAAAAUGGGUCAGAAAAUUCCUAUGGGAAAAUGCAAGAAAUGAGAAACUCAUUGGUGUCCACUGUACUAAUGGAAUAAAUAGAACUGGCUACCUAAUAUGUAGGUAUCUUAUAGAUGUUGAAGGCUGGGAUCCAGAGGCAGCAAUCCAAGCUUUUGGUGAUGCUAGAGGUCAUUGCAUGGAUGGUCUUGUCUAUCUCACAGAUCUCAGAACACAACCAAUGAGAAGUAACCUUGGAAUGGAUGUAUGGGAUUCAGAUGAAGAUAUAAUUCCCCCACCAAAUGCAACAGAAGGACCUGUGGAACAAUUCCCAAAUGAAGAUUUUCAGGGGUCUGGGAAAAGAUUAAGAGUUUAUGAUGACAACUCUCAUAAUAAUUUGCAAGGACAAACACAACUGAGAGAUUUUGAUUUCAUUAAUAAGGGACCUGGACGAAGACGAAGACCAUUUCAUGACCAUCAGACUCAGGAUGAUUUAAGAGCACCAAUGCAGAUGAGAAAUUGGGACUACAAUAGGGGACCAGGACAGAGGCAAAGACCAUUUCCUGAUCACCAGUUUUACGAUGAUUACCGAGAAGACAUGCAGCUGAAAGACCUAGACUUCAGUAACAAGGGACCUGGACAACAGCUGAGACCUUUUUAUGGACGCCAGUUUCGUGGUGAUUUACAGACAGACAGACAAUCAAGGAACUUUGAAUUUAAGAGAGGCCGUGGGCAAAGGCAGAGAUCUUUUCCUGACUGUCCAUCCCACAAUGAUUCACAGGAAGCUAUGAAGUCAAAGGGUUUUGGUAGCAGGGGCCGUGGCCAGAGGCAAAGACUGUUCCACAGUCACCAAUCUCAUGAUCAAUUUCAGGCUCCAGUGCAGUUGAAAGAGUUAGAUUGUGUCAAUAAAGGUGCCGGCCAAAGACUGAGACCCUUCCAUGACUAUCAGUCACACGAUGACUUACAGCCCCAAAUGCAGCUGGAAGAUUUUGAAUUUGUUAAUAGGGGCCAUGGGCAGAGAUUGAGACCUUUCCAUGAUCACCAACCUCACAAUGACUUACAAACAGAGAUGCAGCUAAAAGAUUAUGAUAAUAAAGGUCCUGGGCAAAGGCGCAGACCUUUUCAUGACCAUCAGCCUUAUGAUGACUUACAGGAGCAGCCUCAGUUAAAAGACUUUGAUUAUGUUAAUAAAGGGCAAGGACAAAAAAGGUCAAGACCUUUCCAUGAUCAUCCUGUUCAAGAUGAGCUGCCGCGUGAAUGGUGUUCAGACAGAAGUCAAUCGUUUUCUUCCCAUGAAAAUGUAUCAGAACCUCAGUUCUCCUCAUCUCCUUCACUUCACAGAGAUUAUAGAUCUGAUAAUGAUGACUUCAGCAGAAGCUAUAGUAGUCGAGCAAGCGGUCCCGAAGACAGUAGGAGAGUGCACCCUUCAGAUGAAUUUAACAAAGGAAAAAACAGAUUUGCACCAUAUUCUUCAUGUACAAUGCAUCCAUCCUCAUCUGUACACCAGCAAGAUAGUUCAUUGGACUAUGAAAUAAAAACUUUUGAAGGUGAAACUUCUAGAGAAAUGGAACAAGGCAAAAGAUUACCGGUUGUAACAGUUGAUUACAAUUACGGUCUGCCAUUAGAUUAUGGGCCUGAAGAGAAAGAGAGAACACCUUAUGAUUUACCUCCAAGAGACCAUUACAGCUGGAACUGAAUUAAAAAAGGCACUGUGUCCUCAGCUGAAGCUUGCAUCAAUCAGUUUUACUCUUUAUGUGGGCCAGGGUUCUUUGGUUGGUUGGUUUUGGUUUUGGCUUUUUUACAUGUUAGGAAAACGCAAACUCCGGUAGUAGAGAACUGAUCUCUAUUGUAAGAUCAGUUUCUACUUCUAUAUUUAUUAGGCUGUAUGUGUUAAGUGUAUUUGGAGACGAGGUCUUGGUAUACAUGGGAUGAAAGCAGUCAUUCCUGUUAGCAAAAUUGAAGCCAUGUACUCUAAACUAUACAACUUUCUGAGUGAAUAUAAUUAUCUUUUGUUUUACAUUUAUUUAAAAUGUAUGUAAUAGUAGGAUGCUAAAGUCAUAAUAAAAUAAUGCACUAUCAUGUAAACUACCAUUAAGGUUAUAGAAAAAAGUACUAUGAAAUGAAUGAAACAUUUAUGUCAAGUUCAUCUUUUAAUAAUAGCAGCUUGUUAUUAUUGCUAACAAUCUCUGCAACAUUGCAGUUUGAUUUCAGUGUUUCUGUACCAUCAACUGAACAGACCUAGGUGUGCAAUUUUUCUUUCCUAAACUGCUGAGAACUUGGAGGUGACUGGAGGUUUAACAGUGCAAAUGUCAAACUUGUUUUCAGCAACCUGAAUAUUCUAUGCUGUGUUGUUUUGUUUUGUUUUCCUAAUCCCCUCAAUUAUAAAUGCUUCAGAAUAGCCCGGUGCAGAUGAAUUUCACAAUUUUCUUAGUAACACAUCCAAACAAGGCAGCUUACAUGCUAACAGAUUGCUUGUCUCAGCUGUCCAAGAUUGCUUCUACCUGUGUUCUUACAAUUCCACGUUUGUCAGUCAAAUUUGUCUCAUUCUUCAGUUCUGUUUUCUACUGGCUUCUUUUUACAGCACAGCAAGGUCCUCAGAAGAAGAGUAACUUCUUCAGGUAAGUUGCUUUUAGAGUUGUGUAUUGCAGCAGUCUCUUCUGAAUUGCCACUUUGCCUGGGCCUCAGGAUAGUAGUAACAAAAAUGAUGCCAGCAGACCUACAGCAGCAGCUCAAGUCAUAGGGUUAAGAAACUGCCUUAAAGUAAUAUAGGUGUAAAGCAAAGCAAGAGGAUAUAAGUAUAUGCUAGAACACUGCAGAAAAAGUGUUCAUGGCAGGAACUCCAUAGACCUGUUUUGCCUUUUAACUAGCAGCAUAAAACACAGAUUUCUGAAUUCAUGGGUCUGUGACUCUACUACGUAAGGACUAGAUUUAGGAAGUUUGGUACAUCUGGCAACUCUUGUUGAUUUUUAACACAUGCAAAAAGUUCUAAAAAAUCAAAGGAUUCUGUGCAUAUAAAUUUAAAGUGCAAAUAUUUCACUGCCUGUGCAACCGGUAGAGCAACUUUGGCAUUGUUCAUUAUACAAACUAAACCGUUCCCUCAUUUUUUACAGCAGCUAGCCAGUAGUAUUUCCAGUUAAAUCUAGCUUUGUGAGCCUCAUUCAUAUGCUCUCAGGAAUGAAGCUGUCUAAAUGUAAUGCAAUUUUGGAACUGAGUACUAAAUGUUAAGAAAAAGGAACAUUUCUUCCUUCAUUUAUUCUUUUAAAAUGAAGAGUAAAAUAAAAGUCUUUGUCCAUGCUUCUUUCUUUAGGGGAAAGGAAGAUCUGAAACUUGGGCUACCAUAUAGCCAGAUUCUUAAAAUAAUAACAAAACACCACCAACAACAACAAAAUCUUUGUGGUGUUCUCCAUGAGAGAAUUAAGAUUUAUGGACUGGUAUUACAUGCAUUUGUUCUCUUUUUACACUACGUAUGCAGUAUUCAUAAAGUGAAUGGAGAGCAAAUAUUUGCUCUUUAUGUUUUUGGAUUUGAAGUACAUCUUUAGGAUUGAAGUGACCCUACAGUCAAUCCUUGCUUAUCUUCAGUCUUGGGGUGCUGAAUGGCUGAAGAGCUGGUGCAGUGCAAAGUUUCAUACAAUGAGAAAUGCGGCAGCUCCAUCAGGAAUUAGGAUGGAUGAUAGCCUUUAGUAAUCCUUAGUCAGCUCCUGCAGGACUGUUUGAGAGUUUCUAUUUGGGAGUGGUCCCUGAAAUGCUUCUUAACUCCUGAAGUAUGCUAGGAAUUGUUAAAGGAGAGUGUCAGUGCCACAGACUAAAACUUUCCAUGAGUUUGCUAGCAUGGAAGAUGAUAUUUCUUUGCCAGGGAAUGUACUGUGAUUAGCAGACAUCCUCAGGAAUGGAGAAUGGGUCUUAGUGUUGUAACCACUGCAGCUAAUUGCAGGCAAUCCAAACACAGUACCCACAGCAAGCUAUAUCAAAUGUGCAUGUUCUUUGUGCGUGGUGCUGCAAUGCAGAAAGCCUCCCAGCUCACCUCAGAGCAGUUGGCAGUAGCCAGUGACCUACUACUGGCUACCUUCAGUCAAAACUUAGUGGCUUGGCAGGAGUACAACUGAUGCUCAGUUGUAUGAAAAUGAUGUGCUAGGUACUCCCAAUCUUGGAAAUUUGUGUAAAUGUAUCUGAAGUGGCUCUACAUGUGUGGCAUGGAGCUAGCCCCACUGCUUCCAUAGCACCUAACAGCUGGGCCAAGGCUGCCUAAAACAGCUGGAAAUGCAACCACAUCAUUGACAAUAAAGAUUAUCUGUUAAAAUAAAUAUGAAUAUUAAUAAUUUGAUGGAGUGGCCUUCUUCAGAUUAAGAGCCAUUGGUGCUCUUAAUCUGAAGAAUCUUAAAAACUUGACCAGUAAAGAUAUUCUUCAGUACAAUAAUGCAUAAUCCCAUUUAGGAUAUACAACCUUUUUUUUUUUUUUUUGGCUGCUUCAUGUAGCAAGUAAAAGAAAAUUGUUUACAGGUUCAUCUUUUUUUUUUUCUCUAGACCAUAGUUGGUAUAAGGAGUUAGUAUUUUAGUGUCUAAAAUGAUUUGAUUAUAAAUAUUGCAAAAACCUAUGGUUCUGUAAUUCUACAGUGAUGCCUGAUAUUUCUUACUCCAGUCAUUUUCCCUAGAGAUAAAUAAUGAGGACUUAUAUACUCCUGCCAACUUUUAAAACUACAGGAUGUUUUGUAGAAGACAACGUGCAGGAUCCUGAGCAAUUUGCCUCUGAAGUCAGGGAGCAUCUUGUAAGUAGGUAUUAUUUCAGUAUUGAUGUAAAGACAUACUGGACAUUUUUGCAUCCCUGGUGGAAUACUUAAUUGUGUUCAUCACUCACAGCGCAAUGGAAGUUUACUGUAGCUCAAACAGGACUCCAAGGCAGGCUAAUGAUAAUGUGCAGAUGAUGUUUGUGCCACACCAAUUUGCAAAUGAUUGUUGUCAGUAAGUUACUCAACUAUGAACUGUCAGCCUGUGGUGGUUCCCCCAGGUGGGUGGAAACUGAAAUUUAUACCAAAUAAUCAUGUUCACGUUGACAAAUAUAACGGAAUCAAUGAUGGCUGCAGUGCCCUUUCAAGACCAACCAACGCAAUAGAUUUAAGUAAUGUUCCCUAUCCCAACCUUUAAAAGUUGGCACGCUAGAAGGAUAAAGCACUCCAGAGCCUGGUACUAUAGGUACAGUCGCACAGUGCAGCUCCUGCUGUCUGACAAAAUGAAUACCACUUUCAUAACUAUGUUGGAUUCCUCUUUUCAAGCAAAAUUAAUAGAUGUGAUGUUUCCACGAAUGGCUUUGUGCUGACUAUAUGGAAAUAGCCAAGGGUGGUUUUAUAAAUAUUUUUUUAGAACUUGGGACAAGGCUUUCUCUCCCCAUUGUUCUUAACAGAAUUUGGCAGAGCUAAACCCACAUAAAAUAUUACUGAAAAUUCUCACGUUCCACAGCUGAGUUGUUACUGCAUAUUGGUCUCUGUAGUAUUUAAUUACUAAUUGAUCCACAUGGUGGAAAACAGAAUUAAAUAGAAUACUUUUUGUUCUUUUGAACUGAAUAUUGUAUCUCAGUGGCACUGACUAAAAUAAAUUUCCUUCUUAUAUCUUUCAUAGUUCUACAAAAAUAUCAUAAAAUGUUGUUGACCUCAUUUAUGGAUUUUCCCAGUAAGCCUAGAAAUACCUGCUGUAAUAUGGCACAGCAAUAAAAAGUAGGACUUUGAUGGA